AAAUGGCUACUGAUACAACCAACGAUGUCGUAGAAAUGCGAUACGAAGGAAUCUUAUUUUAUAUAUAAAAAGUGACGAUACUGAAAGUGCCGAAACAACGGUGAUUGAUGUUUCGCACGCGUUUAGUCGCGAAUAAAACUUUUCGCAAUUUUUUACCGAUUGCGACAUCUCGUUUUCCGCGGGAAAGCAAUGUCUGGAUAUCGGAAAGUGAAUUACUACGAGCUGUGCAGAUUGUGUACCAGCAGCGAAGGCAAUAAAAUGAAUAUUUUUCGCGAUGAAGGUCGUAGGCGACAACUUCAAACAAAAAUUCAAACAUGUUUACCCAUUCAGGUUUUAGAAGAGGAUUCAUUACCUAAAAUCGUCUGCCACGAGUGUGUCAGGAAGUUGGAAAAUUUCAUUGAGUUCCGAGAAACUGUUGUUAGUGCAGAGGGUAUGCUCGAGUCUUAUUUCACUUCGCUGCGCUUUUCUGAGGAUUUUUUAAAAGAAGGUAAAGUGUAUGUAAAAAACAUUGAAAAGGAAAGAUCUUCGACUCCAGACGCUGAGGGUUUAAAAUCCGUGGAGAAAGUAUUAUCAAACGCAGGAAAUCAAGUGCUAACAAACGAACAACAUGGACAACAUCAACAACCUGUUGUUGUUAGCAAUAUUAAUGCGUCAAAUAUACAAAUUAUCAGUGGUGUCCAAUCUAGGGUACAGCAAUAUAAAUGUGCCAUGCAGAUGCAAUCAAAUGGUGAUAUGUCAACUGCAGUUGUAGAAGCUACAGCAGAGACUCACUACAGUUGUCAACAGCAAACAUCUCAACGGGUAUCGCCUCAAAGAUCGAACGAAACACAAAAUGAAAUCAGUGAACCACAAGCUCAGUCACCUCAAAUUCAAGCUUCAAACCAAAUACAAAAUCACAAUCAAGUGGUACAACAAGGACAACCUCAAAGACAAAUUUCACAACAAUUAACUCAGUCUACUCAAAUAACACAACAAAAUCAGACUCAGCUUAAUCAUCAACAACAAGGACAGUCACAGAUAACUCAGCAGAUACAGCAUUUGCAGAGACAACAAAGACUUCAACAAAUAGACAAACAACAAGUGCAAAUUGCUACACAACAGGAAUUUAUUGUGAAACAAGAACCUUCAACUCAAGUCGUUCAACAAAAUAAUAAUAUUAUACUUAAAACAGAUACAGAAGCAGAACAGAAUCAACAAAUUAUACAAAAAGUUCAACCUGAUGCCCAAAAAGAGGAGAAUGCAUCUCCUUGUCAAAACUAUACGACAGUACAGGCUGCUCCAGAGGUAUUUUUGAGUUUAGGAUUUAAAGAAACGUCUUUACCCAAUCAACCUGCUCAAGAUGAAGGAAAAGAUUUCAAAGAUUUUACAAAAAGUGCUACUGAAGAUGUAAUGUCUCGCACUUCGAUUGGACAAAUAUCAGAAUUUCUCAGAAUCAGAUCAGGCACUGAACAGACACCUUUAAUUACCGUUAAUCCUCAGGUUAUAUCACAAUCUACUAGGAGUACCACGUGCCGUAAUUGCUGUAAAAAUUUUUCAUCCGUAAGUCAAAUGAAUAAUCAUAGUUGUACACUGGUAAAUGGAGGACCAGAUAUCAUAGUGAAAGAAGAAUCUAUACAAGUUAAUGGAAAUUCUUUUAAUUGUGAUGUUUGUGGAAAGCCUUUUAAAAGAAAAGAACACUUAUUUCAACAUCGAAAGCUACACACUGGAGAACGUCCAUACGUAUGCACAACAUGUGCCAAAGCUUUUAGUCGUAAGGAACAUUUGGUUAGACAUUCUGUAUCACAUACGGGUCAAAAAAUGCAUGAAUGUGAAUUGUGCGGCAAAAGCUUUUCACGGAAAGACAACCUUCACAAACAUCGAAAAACACAUGGUGUGACAGGUCCCUAUAUUUGUGAAACUUGUGGAAAAUCUUUUAUGGUGAAACAUUAUUAUGUGAUGCAUUUAUCGACACAUGCACCAAUUAUUACAGACGGUGGUUGUCAUGAUCCUUUGCCAUAUAAAUGCGACAUGUGUCACAAAGCAUUUUCUGUAAAACAGUAUCUCACUGCGCACAAAUAUAGACAUAGAAAGAAUAAUAACUCUGCACAGAUUACUUUAAGCAGGCAUCACCAACAACAAUCGCAACAAUCAAAUAAUACUAUAAACAGCAUUAAUGUUGUGGGGAACAAUGUUGCUAUAUCAGGAAAUAUAAACGACAAUAAUGGUCAAUCAAGUAAUGGACCUACAGUGGAAAUACAAAAUGUUGUUGAAAGAAGUGAACAGACUAAUGGUUCAUUUAAUAAUAGUCAAUACCAUAAUAAUAUACAAGAAUUUCAAUGAGACAAGGGGAAGCGUGUCUACUACGUUCUCUUGCCAAAUGGUAAUAACCAUAAGAUUGUAGUUGUAUAGGUAAGAGAAAUUCUAUGACGCGCUCGAAUGUUUUGUUAGUUUAUUUUGCUCUUGAUUAUAAAUUUUUUGUACUUUGAUAUGAACAAUCAUAACUAAGAGCAAAGUUAUUAUUUUUAAUAAGUUAACGCUUUGACGAUCGCGUAUAAUGACUCUAAAGUCAAAGUUUUAACUAAUUUGCUAUUCAUUUGUAAGUCAAAAGGUAGACUUCAUAAGAGCUUUCUAUAUGAAGUAAUAUGUAUAUACCUAUAUGUACGCGUAUAUUCUGUGAGCAAAGUAUUAUUUAUGAAUAACAUACUACACACACUCACACACAUGCAUACCUUUGAUACAGAUUGAUACCUUUGGUAGGUAAACAGUUCAAUUAAAAAUAAGGAAAACAAAAUAUUAUCUGACAUGAUCAAAGAUAUGAUAGUCAUGAGGUUGUUUCAACAUCUAAUUUGGAUUAUAUUUAUUACCUACCAUCUUCAAACUUUGAUAAACAUGUAAUAAAAAUUAAAUAUGUUUAAUAUCAUUUAUAAUAUAAUUAAAAAAGAAAAAUUGCACACAAUAAUAUAUAUUAAAUUAACAACAGAUGUAUACUGAAUAUAAAUGUGCCAAUACCAAAAAGGAAGGAUCAAACUUUUAAAAAAUCAAUAGUAAUGCAGAUAUAAAAAGAUACCGCUCUAUUUUAUUUAUAUGAAAACAUUAGUCUAAUUAUCAGUUGUCAAAUAGAUGUAUCAAAAUACUCACAGGCUCAUAUUUACUUUCAUAACGAUAGAAAGAUCGAUUAUUAAUAAUUUUAUAUGAAUCCAUAGAAAUUUUAUUUUGGAUUCCAGUUCAUGAUACGCCUCGCAUAUAUUACACGUCAAUUAUCAGAAUCACAUAAAGCAGCCCUAUUCGAAUCAGUGAUUGUAACAAUCCAUGACAGUUAGGGGAAGAUAUGUUUAUAUGAAAAUUUAGAGUGUAUUGAACAAGAAAAAGAAGACCAAAGAAAUUUAUACAUGUAUAAAAUAGAGAUAAAUAAUGUUUUAUUAGUAUAAUAGAAAUGAGAACAGGGCCCAGAAUUAAAAUAUCAUCGAUUCCCUGUAUUAAUGAUUUCUUGUUAAGAGAUAUUGAUAGUCAUUUCAUAUGACCACUCUGUCUCAUAUAGAUUCUAUACAACACACUGUGUAUGUAGAAAAGUUAUGUUAAUCUUUCAUUUUCGCAAUAUAUUGAGUGCAAAUGAAAAUGUAAGGAUAAGAGCACAAAUUAGAACAAUGAGUAUAUGUAAAAUUUAUGUGAGUAUGUAAAAAAAAGGAUGGAUAAAUCACGUGAUUAUAAAAACUUUAGUAAGGGUUUAAUCUGCUACUGACCAAAAGAGAAAAAAAAAAAUAGUAAUGUAUCUUUAUUUUUUAGGUCGCAUUUAGUGAACAACAAAAUUAGCUCAUUAAUCAAACCAAUUAUUUUUAUUUACAUAUGUUAAAGUAGCCUUGCAUUUAUAAUCAUGAAAUAGGGGAUAAACCCCAUAAAACUGUAAAGUAAAGAGAUUUACUACAGUUUUUAAUUACAUAAGAAUACUACAUUUCUCUCAAAAAUAUAAGAUUCUGUGUAUAAACAAGA